CAGGGUUAUAAGUUACUUUACCCCUAAUUUAAAAUAGAAUUAGGAGCUAUAUCAAUAUAUUUCAACACUUUUAAAUAGUGACUUUUGACUAAUUGAUGAUUUUUGUGAAUGCAAUAUUUGUAUUUUAGGAUAAUAUAGCAACAAGGUUUGAUUAAUUUUCAUGUUUUAUUUUUUUGUAACCCUGCAUGGAAAUAUCUCAUGUGAUUUUCAAAAGUGAAAAGCUUGAAAAUGACACAAGUAUAAGUGAAUCAGCUCAUAUCAGACCGAACAUGAUUUUCAUCCUUCGAAAUCCACAAACUGCUCUGACAACAUUAUAGUUCCAGUGCGUAGAAUCCUGAUUUAGAAUCCUGGCAUUGAAAUCUACAUGUUGAUAUAUUAAGCCACAAUGAGUGAAAACCUGGGCUCUGUAUCAGAAAAACUUUUUAAGAUUAUAAUUAUUGGAGAUCCUACUGUUGGAAAGACUUCAUUUGUCCAGAGAUAUGUUAAUGAAACAUACAGAAGAGAUUACAAAGGCACGAUUGGUGUUGAUUUUGCCUUGAAAGUAAUAAAAUGGAAUGAAGAAACCAACAUAAAACUACAGCUGUGGGACAUUGCAGGUCAAGAACGAUUUACCUCUAUGACACGUGUAUAUUACAAAGAUGCCCAUGCAUGUGUUAUCAUGUUUGAUCUUACACAGAAAACCUCUUUCCAAAAUUCUCUGAAGUGGAAAAUGGACUUGGACUCUAAAUGUACCUUGCCAGAUGGGAGUUAUAUACCAUGUGUUCUGUUGGCAAAUAAGUGUGACUUACAGCACAGAGAGGUGGAACAACCAGAGAUUGAAAAUUUCUGCAAGGAGAAUGACUUUAUAGGUUGGACGGAGAUAUCAGUGAAAGAGAACCUCAUGGUGGAAGAAGCAAUGAAAUUCUUGAUUGAGGAGAUGAUGAUGAAGUAUGACAUGUUAGACUCAUCUAGUGACGCAGGUAGAGACAAUGAAGCCGAUGGUGCUAACAUCAAACUAAAGCAAUCUCAGUCUGUAUCUAAAGAGGGCGCUAGUAAAUGUAAAUGUUAGUCCUUUCUUCAGAUCAAUGGUGUAUUUUAGUGAACAUUUACGGAUGCUGAAAUUUCAGUGGAUUGAAUUGAUAUUUGAAAGCUGAGAUUUGCCAUAGUGUGAAAUAGGACUGUCUAAUAAGCACCCCCGCCGCUGAAGUAGAGACAUAAAAACGUCUUCCCCUGAAAUCAUUCCAAAACAAAAAUCAAACAGUAUUUGGAUGCAGUGUCUCUGAGACUGAGUGUAUAUCAAUAGUACGUAUUCCCGUCACCUGGACCUGAACAUUUUAAUCAAAAAUGAGAAGAUUUGAGAAUCAUGUUUCUGAACAUUUUGGAGAUUUUUGUGAAUCAACAUUUUGUAAUAUGCUUAUAUGUGUACAGUGGAUGCUGAUUUUGACAAUCAUCUGCUAACAGAGCAGGGAGAAGGAGACCUGGGGGGACAUUAACAGGAACUUCGUAAAGUUAUGAAUUCAUUAAUCAAUUGUUGUAA